AUGCUGGCGGCGAUGAGCGGUUCGGCUUUUCACUCGUCAGCGUCGGUGGUGGGGACAGCAGGAGACGACACGCUCAGCAAGUUCGUGCGGCCAGACUUCGACGCCAAGGACUUCGUGCGAGGGUCUGUGCGACAGAACACAGUCUCCGAUGACCUGUCGCACCUCCGGCAGGGUAUCGCGGUUCUGGAGAAGCAGCUGCACGAGCAGGUGGUGUCGCAUCACGGGCGGCUGAUCGAGCAAGUGUCGCAAGCCAAGGACCUGGAGGAGCUGGUGGACAAGGUGAGCUCGGGGGUCGGGCGGCUGCAGGGGUCGCUGGGGUCCAUCAAGUCCUCCAUCAGGGAGCCGUUCGAAACGGUGAGGAGCAAGACUGUUCAGCUCAGUCGCAUCCAGACAGCAGCAGAGGUUCUGCGAGCGGUGAUCCGGAUCAGAGAGCUGGCGAGCCGGAUGAGCGGACACUUGGUAGCCGUGGAGUCCAAGAGCGACUCCGUCGGAAUGAAGGACCUCGCUCAUGCUGCCUCCUGCCUCUCGGAGAUCCGGGCCUGCAUCAGCCGAUGUGACUUGGCGGGGGUAGAGGAGGUGGACAAGAGAAGGAAGUGGCUGGACGAGAGCGAGCAGAUGAUCAGGUCCAAGACGAAGAAGACGCUGCUGGAUGCCGUGCUGAGGAAGCAGCUGGGGGAGAUCGGAAGCAGCUUGCAGGUCUUCUACAGCCUGGAGACACUGCAGGAGGCGGUUGAGGACGUGCUGGCUGAGCUCAUCCGACUUGCCAAGUCUGCGACAGCAGCAGCGCUGGACACCUCCUCUCUUCCGCUGGAGGGCGAGGAGCACAAGAACUGGAACGCCAAGCAGCGAGGGCCGACAAGUGCCAGCGGAGCUCAGGCAUGGAAGACUGAGCUGUGGAGCAGGAUGGAGACUUUGAUGGAGACGCUGUCGGGCAAGUGUGGGCAGGUGUGGCACCUUCACAAGGUGAUGGGAAAGAAGCGAGCGAACGCGACCCUCGUGCUCUUCGCUGAAGCCUUCGACCCGUCCUAUAGCGGAGAGCACGACCACAGUUUCUUCCAGCUGUUCUGGUCGAGGAUGUUUCAAGCGGUCUGCGAGCAGCUGCAGGCGUCCGGGGAGAAGAACUCGUUUGUGAAGGGCAUGCUCUCCACGGACUUUCCCAAGCUCCUCGCUCUCUUCCUCGGCCAUUGGCAGACCUCCGUGCGGCACACUGAGGCAGGGAGCUCGGGGGCCAUCGGGCAGCAGGAGAGGAGCGCGAUCAUCACUGCCCUGCAGCCUCUGCUCCAUCAGCACGUCGCCAAGGCUCAGACCCGCGUCACCGAGUGCGUCAACGCCUUGUUCGCUGCCAAACCUGCUGGAGGUCCGGCAGGACCGCAGGCAAGCGACGUGUCAGCCCUGCUCAAGUCCGUCAACAACAUCGUCCAUAGCUCGCGGCAUGACCCCGUGCUCUCGCGCGAGGUGGCUGCUGGGGUCGUUGCUGGACUCUCGCUCCUCCUCAAGCGCUGCGAUGACGCGACAACGGGAGACGCGGACGCGCGAACCCUCACAGGGACCCUCACGACGGGGCAGGCCCGGAGCUUUGCUCUGCACUCAGCUCUACUGCAGCUGGAGGGAACGCUGGAGUCGCUGGAGGAGCAACUGACAUCGUCAGGAUCCACAGAAGCAGCGAAGAUGUACGAGGAGGUUAGAAGGCAGGCGGAGACUCGCUGCACGUCCACCAUCAAGCCCUUCGUCGAUGGCAUGCAGUCCGCCAUGCUGGACAGCAUCCUCAACAUGCACCUGCAGCCUCUUCAGUCCGUCUCUUCUCGCUCCAUGGAUGACGCGGAUGACGCGGCUGACGACAGCACCAAGUGCAGCCCCUACAUGCAGGAAGUGCUUCGCGUCCUGUCGCUCGGGCACAGCAAGUAUCUUUCCAAGCUGCCGUCGUCUAGGUACCUCGACAAACUCUCGCAGGACCUUGCGACCUCUGUUCUCUCCGCUCUCGUCCGCAACGCCCUGCUCGCGUUUCCUCUGCUCGAGGGCUCAAAGAUGCAACUCAUCCAGGACCUGACUGUCUUCGAGGAGCGAAUAGGGCAGCACGUGAACUUGCAGCUGCUUGGGCAGCACUACCACACGCUGCGAGCUCUUCGGCCCCUCAUGUUCGUGGACGACGAGCCGUUGGAGUCACUUCCAGGCAGACUGACGCAGGCGCGAGGAGCCGACAGCCUCUCCAAGCACGACUUCCUCCACCACAUGAUGCAGCGGGCCCCUGCUCCUCUCCCUCCUCUCUUCUCUGAACCCCCUGGACCGUCGAGAAAGCGAGCGAUCAUGGGCUACCUGGAGGAGCUGGACAGAGAGGGAGAAAGGAAAGCGGCGGAAAGAGUCACGAGGCUACUCAAGGAGGCCAAGGUCGAGCCUAACUCGCGGGCCCAGCACUUCAAGGAGAUACUCGAGGAGUUCGCCAAGGAGCUGGAGAUGAGCUGA